UGUGCCGUGCAUCCACUAUGGUCGUGCCUUCCGAAUGCGUGCGCGGCCAUGCACGUGAUGUCGCCUUCAUUUGCGCAUUGUAAGGCUAAAGCUACGAGAUCGCUCACACCUUUUCACCAAUUGUCACUUCUCUUGUCUCGCACUGAGCUUGUCCAGCAAAUCAGCUGACCACUAUAUCGCUCCUUCCUUCCAUCUCAUCGGACAGAUUCCGCGGUGCCGACGCCGAUACCCCGGCGUGGGUCUGCCUUAGCUUGCUCACAAUCUUUACAGGCAGCCGAACCUGCAGCGAUCAUCGGCAUGAAAUUGUCAGAACCCACGCCCGAGCAGCUGUUCGACUGGUCAUCUGCGCAGUAACAUUUCUUUCAGUAGCACGACACGUGUACCCAGACUCACAGCAGCUAGCGUUCGAUAUACCAACCGCUUCAUUCACUCCAAGCGCAAUGCUCUACCUUCUUGCGAAGGCUGUCGGCUUCGCAAGCGAUAUAUUCAGCUUGUUUGUUGCGAAGUGCACAAUCUUCCGGCAGCUGUGCCACAUCCACAACCGCACAGACAAGUCGAAGGCACCGUGGCCACAUCAACUGUCCAGCGAGAUACUCCAACCGGGACCUAACGAGAUCAUCGUCAGGGAUCCGACGUACUUUGAGCGGUGCGCACGCCUUCCGAAGGUUUACGUAUCGCCAUCAAUAGCUCAAAUCCUUGUCGGUACAGGGAUCGCAGAGAAGUUCGCCCGCGGCCUAGACAUGAACAACAUUCUCAAAUAUGAGCGGCUCAUCGAAGAUUGCAACAUGCAGUUACUAAUGACAUUGACCGAAGCUGCCACUGUAAGCACAGAUGUCAAUCUGUCGGACACCAUUGCAAGCUAUGCUUACGACGUGCUCUUUGCGACCACAGUUGGGAAGCCUGCGGGUUUCCUUAAGCGUCCAAUAGACGUUUCUGAGUUACAGAUCGCAAUGCAUGAGUGGAAGUCGUCCACGGUGUCGAGUGGAUCAUAUUUCCGCUUUCACCCACUCAUCAAUCGCGUCGCCAGCUACUCAAGGCGGAAGCGAGAUGUAGUUGAUCAUCUUCUUGACCAUCUCCCUGCAAACAUCAGCAAGGCAACCGGCGGCCUUGCGCGGCACAUCGUUAGAAAGGGGCAGCAUGUGGACGUGGUGCGCGACGCUACCAGGAAGCCGAAAUUCUUUGCUGCUAUCAUUGCAUUGUUUGUGGCUGGUAGCGAUCCGCUGAUCCUGCACAUACUGGCCUCACUGUUCCACAUCUACAACAACCCGGAGCUCAUUGAAAGGAUACGUGACGAGAUGCACAACGCCUGCGUCGGCUCACCGUCCAGCUUGCGAUAUCUACUCCGUCACCAAUGGGAGAUGCCGGUACUGCACGCCGCCUUGAAUGAGUCACUCCGAUUGUACCAAGACCACUCGACCAGCACGAAGUACGUUUCACCUAAAGGUGGCGUCACAAUUGGCGACACGCAUGUGCCAGAAGGGUGUACGAUUUGCCUGGAGCCUUCGGCGGCACAUGUCAAUCCAGAUAUCUUCGGUGCGGACGCGGACACGUGGAGACCAGAUCGCUGGCUGCAAGACCCUGCCACAUCUGAAACGAGGCGGGUGCAUAUCACCACUGUAAGUCUCCCCUACUCACCCAUCCUAUUGUCAACAAUAGCCUUCUGCACUGCUAUUGUCACGGUAGUGUCUUGCCACGCCUACAAAUAGGCCUUCGUCUCCCUCCAAGCCCUCUUAUCGUUCUCUCAGACAACCACUUCCGACACACAUCUCUCCAGCAACAUCACACCUCAGCACACAUACUCAAGCAUCUUUUGCGCAUCAUCAAUACA